UUGAUUUUGUCAGCUGUCAAUUCAGUGAGAUUAAUCUUCAUUGUCCUUUCACAGUCACCUUGAGUUCUUAGCUGUUUUAAAUGGUUGUUAUAAUGUUUUCCAGGUCUGGACUUUGUUCAAGGGCGCAUUGUUGGCGGAUAUACCCCUUCACCGAAUUCAAUCAAAUACAUCGUGUCGUUACAGAGCUCGAAGGGCCAGCACUUCUGUGGCGGAUCUCUGGUCCACAAGUCCUGGGUGCUUACAGCCGCCCAUUGCAAUAUUGGGAUGGAUCAGAUGAUGGUGGUGGCUGGAGACUAUACUUUAGGUGCUUAUGAGGGGACAGAGCAGUACUCCAAGCCUCUGUCACUUGUCCCGCACCCUCAGUACAACAUGAGCACCAAUAAUGCAGAUAUCAUGCUCAUAAAGCUUAGUCCACCCAUAGAGCUCAACAGGUAUGUGUCCCUCGCCCCGCUCCCCAAACAGAACACAGGGCUGCUGGCGGGCAAGAUGUGCCGGGUUUCCGGAUGGGGCUCCACCAGCCACAGCGGAGGUCUGACACCCCUCACCCUGCGUACGGUCAAACUCCCCAUCGUCUCCACCUCCAGAUGCAACAGCAGUAACUCCUUCAGCGGAAACAUCACAACAAACAUGAUAUGUGCUGGGUCCAGCACGGGAGGAAAAGACGCGUGUAAGGGGGACUCUGGAGGGCCGCUGGUGUGUGAUGGACGUGUUUACGGCCUGGUCUCUUGGGGAAAUGGCUGUGGAGAUCCUAGGUUUCCAGGGGUUUAUACGGCCGUGUCCAGGUUCCGCAGGUGGAUUGAUAAGACCAUAUACAGCCCAUUUUCUAGAUGCCUUAAGUCAGCUGGUCUUUUCAGCAGGGAAGACUAAACUUCAGUGCUUGCAUUCAUAUAAUGCACAAACACUAUUGUUCAAAGAUGGGUCUCCUAAAACACAUUUCACACUGUCAGCAGAGUAUUUAAUUUGUCCAUUACCAAUGUCCAACAGUGAAUAUUCUUU